AUGAGCCGAGUCGAUGUGCUGGCGGAUGACCGCGGCCUCCAGGGAUGCUUCAAGGUGGCAAACAUCCAGCAAGAAUGGGCGCAGGACUUCAUCACCAAGCACAAGUUGGUCACCCUGGACGACUAUAUCUACUCGGUUGCCAAUGAUACAUGGGAAAAGGGUGUGGAAACCUUGGUGUCCCAGGUUCCCACCCUCCGGGACAACAUGAUCGCGCUAGCGCGGUUUCGUAGCGCUUUUGACAUUGGCCGAGAAGCCUUGCGCCAGGCUGCAGCGCCAGCAACGAAGAGUGCCGAUUUGGACGAGCCUCUGCCAGAGGCGACUAUGAAGUCUCUCAACCAGGAUUGGGCUCGCCGGUACAAUUUGCAGCUGGAUCCGUCGUUGGAGCCCUGUGAGGCCCUCCGGUCCAGGCUCUACCGAGAGUUUCGGAAAGGCCAGCUCACGGUCAUUGAGGCUCGCAAAGUCAAGAGCGUCAUCACAGUGGCCCAGCCCAAGACACAAGGGUCGGUUACUCUGGGAGACAACCUCCACUUGGAAUUUGAGAAGGAGGAGGGUAUCCCGAUCAAGAGCUGUGUGGAAUAUUACCUGCAGAUGCGGGUGCUUGCUCAUGCUUUGGCAUGGGCGGGCAACUACCAGGUGGAUUAUGAAGGUGGGCGCCACUGGAUGAUGGACCUUUCCACCGUGCUGGGCUAUGUGGAUGUCGCCUUGCGUAGUUCUAUCGAAUUCGCAGGUGGGUCCAUGUUGUGGCUGCAACGAAACGACGUGUUGACACGGGGCAAGCUGGCGACCUAUGUCAACAGAGGCAUGCCAGGUUCUGUGGCCAUGAAACAGGCCUUGCACGAGACGCACUUCGAGUGGCGGUCUCCCUUGGCUGCCCCGCUGGUGGUGUCCUCUGGGUCUGGGUCCCCAGGGACCACCAAGCGGAAGCAAGAAAGCAGCCCUCUGCCUGUGGGUGAGGCACCGACCAAGCGGCCGCGCACCUUGAAGGCAGAUCGGUGGGCCACAGUGAGCAUGAUCAAGGGCGGUAAGCGAUUGUGCAAGCCGUACAACGACGGCAGGGGGUGCAGCAACUCGCAGUGUGAUCAGAUGCAUGCCUGCGAUGUGAAACUGCCCAACGGAAAGCCUUGCUUGUGUGCUACCCCCGGGGACCCAUGUCUGGAGAUAGCUGCUGCGCUGCCUGCCACGCCUGUUGGACGGGUGGUCUCACUCAGGGACCCCCUGGUGGACCCCCUCCAGCGACCAGUUGACAGAGCGAGUGCUGACCGCCUCCGGGCGGCGAAGCCAGUGGCAUGGCGAGGUUUGGGGGAUCUGCCCCAGUUCGCGUGGGCCAAGCCGCUUGUGGGGUCAUGGUUGGUGAUCGACCUUUGGGCUGGCUUCAGUGGGCUGUGUGUGGCCCUCCUUGCGAUGGGGGUGCGUUUUCACGCAGUGGCUGCGGAAAACGACAUUUUCCCGGCCCAGGUGGCGGAACAGAUCAUGCCGCAGGUGGUUACUGUUGACGCGGUGGAAACUGUGACAGGGACCAUGUUCCGUCCUUUUCUGCAACGUCGGCAAGUCAGAGGAAUUAUUUUAGGAGCUGCAAGACCUCCCAGAAUGUGCGACCCUGGAGAUUGUCACGUUUUCGGAAAACGUGGCCUCUAUGCCCCGCGAAGUCAUGGACCAGUAUACAGCAUGGAUGGGCUUCCCACCUAUCCUCAUCGAUGCGGGCGCUUGCGGAUGGGUGCAACGGGCGCUUGCGGAUGGGUGCAACGGCCCCGGCUGCUGUGGUUAGGCCAGGGUCGCUGCGGGGUGUCUCCUCGUUGCACCCCCCCGACGGCUGGGUAUGGGUCGAGUCUGGGACCGAUCCCCCCGAGCUGCGCUGGAAGGGACCCAAGCCAAUCCCUUUUUGAUGCUGCGGAAGUAGUUAAGGCUGCGGGACAAGGGGCUAUGCAUCCGUUCACCAGGGAGUUUUGGCACCCCUGUGAUCGGGUCAAGCUGGUUCCGCCAGAGGCGGCUGCUAGAUUCUAUCAAGAUGAGAGGCGGUUUCCCCCCUUGGCCUACACAGCAGAGAGUUUGCUUUGGCGCAAGGAUGAGUGGCGUCAGCCGGGGCCUGAGGAGCGUGCCCAGAUGAUGGGGUUUCCUGCGCAGUGCCUUCAGGCCGUUCAGGGACCAGCGGCGGUGCGUCGCCAACGCCAAAACAGUAUGCUUGGCAACGGUUUCCACCUGCCGAUGAUUGUGGCACUUUUCUGCCUGCUUCCAGGUGUGUUGAGUAUGCAGGUACCGCGACCGUUGUUUGACCUCGCGGAGCGCAAAAUGCAGGAGCGUUUGGCGGGUACGGUAUGGGAACCAGGCCGCUUGCAGGUGUUCCCUGGUUUGCUUUCCAGUGACCAGGUGGUGCAAUCCAUGCAGCGGACAGUCUUCGGAUCCUUGCCAAUCUCUGCAAAUGUGUGGCAGUUGACAGCUACCCGGUUGGCUCCCUUGCCAGUGUGGCAACUGCAAGCCUAUACUGCCUGGGCAGUCGGCCGAGGACUCACCGGGCAGCGCUACCCGGGCAAUUCCCGGAAGGGCCUGGACCAUUUGCGCAAGGAGGAGCAUAUCAAACAGGCUGUGGGCCUGCCAUCGCCCUUUCGCCUUCGCGAGUGGCCUGAGCAAGAUGUGGAUUUCGUUCUCCACGCCAUUGCAACAUGGCAGCAGGCACUGAUCGGGUACUCUGAGCAAUGCCGCCAGGUAUUUCGACAGGUCUGCACAGCGCUGCUGCCAUUGGAUGAUGAGUUGCGCAAAUUCAGGGUGCACAGUGCAGUGAAAGUGGCCGCUGGGAAAAGGCCUGCCGUUUUGGCGUUUUUGACUGUGAUCCUGCGAUGGCCCGACUUGCAGCAACCUUUGCAGAUGUUGCAGGGCUAUCCUAUUGUCGGGGCACUGGAGCCUAGUGGAGUCUUCCGAUCCAUUACUGCUCGUGAAGCUUUGCCAAAAGAGGAGUGGUUGGGGGAUGCAGCUGUGGCAGCUGUGGAGAGGAUUGAGAGCUCUCGCCCUCCGCGGUUUGCCGAGCGCAUCUAUGCUGCCACAGUUCUUGAGCAACAAAAGCAAUUUUGUUCGCCUUUCCUUACCAAGCGUUGCAUGGAUGAGCGUUUUGGCGUAGGACAGUGGCGACCGCUGCAACGUUUCUUGAUUGUGCAGCCGGAUGGGAAGGAAAGAGUCAUUGACAAUGCACGCAAGACUCUCCACAAUAGUUCAACGGCGAUGAUGGAAACGAUUUACACAGUGCACUUGGACUUCAUCCCGGCCGUUAUCAAGCAACUGGCGCACCGGCUUCAGGUGACUAGCCCAGGGGAUUGGAGUGUCUUCCACCCCUGGGCGCAUUUUCGCCUGGGAACGGAUGAUCUGCCGGAUGCAUAUCGUGGUCUGCCCGUGUGCCCAGAACAUUUGCCAUACUCUGCUGUGGCAGUCUGGGUACCCCAGCAGGGAUGGCGUUACACUAUUUUGUGGGGACUGGCCUUUGGACUCGAAAGUGCUGUAGUCUCUUUCAACCGGCUGCCUCAGCUGGGAAUUGCCGCUACCAGAAGAUGCCUCUAUGGUCUUGCAGCAGCUUAUUUUGAUGACGAGCUGGCCGUUGAAGUGGUGGCAGCAGCCGAUAUUUCACAACAAGCCUUGCGGCUCUUGUUUACUAGUAUUGGUGCUCCGCCCCAGAAAGCCAAGGGAUUUGCGCCUUCACCAGAUCGCCACUACCUGGGAGCCGCGAUUCACUUGGGCUCUGUGAUGACAACGGGUUGUGUCCGUAUCCAGCCAAAAUUCGCGACGGUGGCCAAAGUUGCUGGUCGUCUCCGAGUGGCCAUUGCCAACCGUUGUCUUACCAAAGAGGAAGCUGGCAAGCUCCGGGGCGACAUCACUUGGAUGUUUUCUUUGGCGGCGGGUCACAUGGGCCGUAUCGCCCAGCCUGUCCUGGCCAAGUGCAGCAGUGAUGGCCCGACGCCAAUGGAUGAUGAAGAUGUUGUUACCUUGCAGGUGCUGCUGCGCAUUGUCCUGGACUGUCAGCCUCGCGACGUCCAGGUGUGCGGUAUGGAUAAGGUGCCACCAGAGGUCAUAGAUAGCUGGGUGCCUCGUCGCCAGCAGAUUUACCCAGGCGAGGCCAUUGUGGCCCUGGUCAUUCCGGCUCUCUUGCCUGACCUACUACGAGGCCAGGAUCUCCUGUGGUUCGUCGACAAUGAGAGCGCGACCAGCACUUUGAUCCGCUGUGUCUCAUCUCAGUGUGAUGUCCACGAGAUAGCACAGUUCUCGCACUAUCUGCUGAACAGUUUGGACGCCCGGGCGUGGUUUGAAUGGAUUGACUCCGAGUCUAAUCCUAGUGAUGGGCUGAGCAGAUUAGGAUUAGCAGAUGAGUGGACACAAGCCCAGGGAGAUGAAGAGAAGCUCCAGGCUUUGGUGGCCUGUAGCCUUCAGUUCCUGCAAUCCAUGAGCGACUGGGAUUGA